UUCACGAAUGAAUCAAUCUUAUAACAAGUAAAUCAUCAGAAAAUUAUAAUCUUAUGGAAGAUUUGGACAAAAGCAACUUUAUAUUUCGUAUAAAUGAUAAUGGUAUCGGUCCAAAUCUUCUUCACCAAGUUUGUCUGGAAAGAGGUUGGCAAGCUUACGGAGAUCUAGGAUCAGGGCGAGAAUGGAACUUGUGGUGGCGUACUAAAGGAUUUCCUGUUUUUCAUUGUCAUCGAUUAGAUAAAGAACAAUUCACUAAUCAUAUACCAUAUGCCUCGUUCAUCUGUAGGAAAGAUAAUCUUAUCAGGUGUUUGAAAUGUAUGAAAAAAAUCUAUGGAUCUUCGUUUAAUUUUAUCCCUGAAGGGUUUAAUCUUCCUUUGGAGUAUAAAAAAUUACUUGCUUUUUGUAAAACCGAAGAAAAGUUCAAUAGUUCUGGCAGUAAAGAGAUCUGGAUUUGCAAACCUGUUGGAUUAAGUCAAGGAAGAGGAAUUUCUCUGUUUCAGAACCCCAGCGACCUGGUUUACAACUCGAACGCAGUGGUUCAAAAAUACGUGAAGAAUCCAUUACUCAUAGGAGGAUAUAAAUUCGACCUAAGACUAUACGUCCUGGUACCAUCAUUCCAUCCACUUACAGUCUACAUUUAUCGAGAAGGCUUAGCCCGUUUCGGCACUGAGAAAUUUUCAUUGAAUAAUUUAAAAAAUCGUUUCGCUCAUCUUACCAACAGUUCUCUGAAUAAAUUAGGUCCCGGUUACUUGGAAACCAAAGAACGCAUAGGAGCAGGUUGUAAAUGGAGUUUACAGCAGCUACGGUGUUAUUUACAGCAAACAAUUGGCUCCGAUUGGUUGUUAUGGCAAAAUAUUUCAACGAUGAUAGUGCUGACAAUAGUUAGCCAGUUAUCCAAAGUACCAAAUACGGUGAAUUGUUUCGAAUUUUACGGUUUCGAUAUUUUAAUAGAUUCCGAACUGAAACCAUGGUUAAUCGAGGUCAACUUGAGUCCUGCAUUGAGCAUCGACUGUAGUCUAGACCCAGAUAUUAAGAAACCAAUGAUACACGAUAUGUUCGACUUGAUCGGCUUACCGAUGUGUAACACAGGCUUAGCUCUACUCACUGCCAAUCCGAACCCGAUAAAUCGAGCUAGUAAACUGAGCAGGAAAUCUUCCGAGACUUUAAUUAAAGCUGCCAUUAAAUGGAAACAACAACGUUCGCGUAUACGUAACGCAAAACGAACGCAUUUCGUUAAAAGUACUAUAGAAUUCGUCGAUAAUCGCGAAUACGAUGAGAAAUCACGCUGGGGCAAUGGCAGAAAUUGGAACCAUCCCAAAGGCAGCGAUGGCAACUGGGUCAGAGUAUACCCAUCACUUUUAUCCAACAAUAACAAGAUCAAAUUCGUCAAGCUGAAUAAUCAUAAUCACAGGACGUACAGCACGGAUGAAAUUAAAUCCGUCGUAUCUUCCAUCGUCUCGUAUUCGAAAAUAGCUAAAGAAAUUUUCUUACUGAAUCCAGAAGCUAAAGAUGACCAACUUAAUACGUUAAUGAUGCCUUAUCUUAGACCAGAUUCGAAAAUUUGGUUACCACCUGUGUAAAGAGUUGAUAGGUUUAGAGAGGUUUUAGGUAUGUAGCGUGUCGAGUUGAAUUUUUUUUUCAGUUACAAAUUGAAUUAAUGACGGCCUUCAUCGUUUGUUUGAACGAAUAAAUUUUGAAUUAUUACAAUUUGAGAGAUAUCUACCUACUACUUAAUGUUUAUUACGAAGGUAUAAUAUUUUUAUACGGUAUGUUCUCGUGUUCAAUCAAGUAAUAAAUUUAAUUGUGUUGCAAU